GGCGGGCUGUGCGUCAGCCGGUGCUCCGUGGGGAAACAUGGAGAUGAGCAGGAGAUGCUGAAGAGGACAGAGCACAACGUAACAGGAUCAUAUAGAUGGAUGUUAUUUCAUCAAGCAGGCAACCUGACGGCAACCCACGCAGAGGAUAAACCACUUAUGGACGCAGUGGAUUAAAGACCCACAGACAGACUGAGACAGAGAGAGGGAGAGGGGGAAUAGAGGAGGAGAAAUUAAUCAAUUCAGUUGUUUAUUUUCAUUGUAUGUGUGUGCGCACUUUCUGUCAGAGUGUGUGUGUGGCUGCAUAUAUUGUAUGCCUGCAUAAGACGGGAGACUGCAUUGCUGCUCUCCAGCACCACAGGACAGACGAAAAAAGGCAGCCAAGCAGAAUACCUUAUGUUUUUUUUUCUUUCCUUUUCUUACUCUCCCUCUCUCUAUGCAUUUGUAUGUAUAAGACUGUAUGUGUGUGAGGGCUGAGAAUGACAAGAAGCUGAAGAAAUCUGAAGUCAGCCACAGAGUCCGACUUUAAAUGUUGUUUUUUCUCUCAGAACAUCUGAAGCAUACUUGAAGAAAAAUCGUUUUAGAGGAGGAGAGUCUUUCUCUUUUUGUCUUCAUGUCACAUAUCUGUCUGGGGCUCCGCUGCUGAUCAGGGUAGUGUUUAUUUUGGAGGUUUAAAGGGCUGUCACCAGGGAAACUUCUCGGCCCUACACUCCAGAGAGGUGGAGGCAUCAUCAGGUAGGAGGCGGCAGAACGAGUGGGCCUGAGCGGGAAGCAGGAGAGAGUAGGAGGAAGAGUUUGUGUCGUAGACUGUGUAGGCAGGCCGAGACCAGGCCGGUGAAGCUGCCUGAUGGUUGAAGCUCCUGCUGAGGGAGGAUAAUGGCAGCUCCAGGCCCCCUCGCCUCCUCUCUCACCUGCAUGAGCCACAGAGAAGCUGAAAAGUGCUAGCCAAAACUACCAAGAGCCCACCAAAAAGGAUGGUGUGAAGAGCAUCUCGCUGCCUUUCCCACCACACUGGGAGACCCCUGACACUAUUGUGAGGGGGGCCACGUUUACCUGUUCAACUCUUUUUUUCUUCUUUGUCUGCUUCGAGCUUGAUUUAAAACAAGAGGAAGCACUUCUUGAUUUGUGUGGGAGUCCUCCUCCUCACCCCUAACCUCUGCAACCUCCGAGCUCUGAUCAAUGGAUUGCUUCUAGCACCAACCUGUCCUUCUUUUUUCUCCCUUUGUUUUCUUUUUCUUUUCUUUUUCUUUUUGUCGAGGCUUUAGGGGAAUUGCCAAGACCUGUUUCAUGCAUGUCCACUGGCGGCAGGUUCAAUUUUGACGAUGGGGGGUCAUACUGCGGAGGGUGGGAGGAGGGCAAGGCACACGGCUACGGGAUCUGUACAGGACCCAAAGGCCAAGGCGAGUACUGUGGUUCCUGGGCCCACGGCUUUGAACUAUUGGGUGUCUACACUUGGCCAAGCGGGAAUACUUACCAGGGCACCUGGGCUCAGGGCAAAAGACAUGGUGUGGGUGUUGAGAACAAAGGCCGCUGGGUGUAUAAAGGCGAGUGGACACAUGGGUUUAAAGGACGGUAUGGUGUGCGAGAGAGUACAGGGACAAGUGGGAAGUACGAGGGGACGUGGAACAACGGGCUGCAAGAUGGAUAUGGAACAGAGACAUACUCAGAUGGAGGAACCUUUCAGGGUCAGUGGGUUGGUGGAAUGCGUCAUGGCUACGGAGUCCGUCAGAGUGUCCCGUAUGGCAUGGCGGCUGUCAUCCGCUCCCCUCUGCGUACCUCCAUAAACUCCCUUCGCUCCGGUUCAGAGCACAGCAACGGUACGGCUUUGCUGGACCGGACAGGAGCAGUGGUUCCCGGUCCUCCUGCAGUUCCUGGCACACUCACCACCAGCGUCUCAGUGUGCAGCACGGGCAGCAGCGGCAGCAGCCCCGCGGUAUCACGUGGAGGGUUCGUGCUGACGGCACACAGCGAGGCUGAGCUGCUGAAGGGGAAGAGGAAAGGCGGGCUGUUUCGGAGGUCCAUCCUGUCUGGUCUCAAGCUGAGGAAGUCGGAAUCCAGGAGCUCUCUGGCCUCGCAGAGGUCUAAGCAGAGCUCAUUUAGGAGUGAGGCUGGGAUGAGCACUGUGUCCUCUGCUGCAUCUGAUAUCAACUCUACCAUCAGCCUUGGAGAUGCAGAUGCAGAGUUGGCUGUCGCUGACGAUGAUGUGGACGCCACGACGACAGAGACCUACUGCGGGGAAUGGAAGAACGAUAAGCGGACUGGAUUCGGUGUGAGUCGGCGGUCCGACGGGCUGCAGUACGAGGGGGAAUGGCUCAGUAACAAACGGCACGGUUAUGGCUGCACCACAUUUCCUGACGGCACAAAGGAGGAAGGGAAGUACAAGCAGAACAUCCUGGUCAGUGGCAAGAGGAAAAACCUGAUCCCCCUCAGGGCCAGCAAGAUCAGGGAGAAGGUGGACCGAGCUGUGGAGGGCUCUCAGAAGGCAGCAGACAUCGCUCGACAAAAAGCGGAGAUUGCUCUGUCCAGGACAGCUCACGCGCAGGGUAAAGCCGAGGCGGCGGUGGGAGCGGCUCAGAAAGCCCAGGAAGAGAGUCGCAUGGCGAGGGUCACGGCCAAGCAGUUCUCCCCUUCCUUCCAGCACCCUGGAAACGGUAUGGAGGUGCAGCGUCCCAAACGUCAGGUAUCCAGUGAAAUAGAGGGUGAGGGGUUGUCGAGUAGUGCUGGUACAGCAGAAAGUCCAGAUCUCUACAUGAAGAGUGUGGGCUCUGAUGAUCCCUCCAAUGAUGCUGCCACCCCUGACCUCAGCCCGCCUUCUUCCUCACCGCCCCAUACACCGCCUCCUCCUGCAAGGCCGUCCCAGCGCAGCAAGAGUGCCCGAUUCCACCGGCAGAGCGCUGUGGACCAUAGUGACAGAGGGAAGGAGGGAGGGGAGAAGGGUGAGAAAGUUGGAGGGCAGACAGAGAUUCAGGUGUUGAUGGAGGGAGGCAGCGGGGGAGGUGAAAGAGGAGGAGUGAAGGGGGAGUAUCCCCGGCCCAACAGCUGGAGUGAAGACAGGAGGAGAGGAAUGUCAUCAAAAGUAGGAAGUGGGGACAGUGGGCGAGGAGCAAGCCGGACCAAUGGACACAAACAUAGCUCAUCCAAUCACAAAUCACGGGAGCAUGGCUCGUCCAAUCACAGACAGGCCAAAGGGGACAGGUGGUUGGAGUCAUCCUCCUCUGCCACGUGGACAUCCGGGCACAGGAGCGUGCACGGCAGGGGAGGACGGCUUUUGGAGCAGGAUGAGGAGAAAAUUAGCAACUACGAGAUGGAGAUGAAGCCUUUACAGCCCAGAGACUCCACCACCCAUAAGCCCCAUGGGCACGGGGAAGAGAGGCACGGGCACACUCAUGGAGAGGGGCGCUCGCAUGGUGUGCAGAGACAGAGGCAUAAGAACCGAGAUGGGAGGGAGGGGGGUAAAGACUCAGUACACAACCCUGAGAGACCGGGGGAGAAGAUGGAUUCACGGCCUCUACGCCGGGACCUCACCCUUUCCCCCCCUUUGAAAUCCUCCCCUAUUAUGCCGGAGCGGCAGGACCUCAGCAUCACGCAAAACAAAGGCAACUCGGCCUACAGCUCCAUCCUGGUUGCCAUGGUGAUUCUGCUCAACAUUGGAGUGGCUAUUUUGUUUAUCCACUUUUUUAUUUAAAGACAGCCCGGCUAUCAGAGUUCACCUACCUAUGCUACAGCAAGUAUAAGUUCAUAUGAGUAUUAUGGGGUUUCUACUGCCCCUACGUGUCCCGGCUGAGGGGAGACCAGGACCAAGGAAGGCUCCACCAACAUAAACGUUGCUGACCCGGGCCAGGUUUAGUCCAAUUGCUGUAGAAGAGAUUCUGAAGUGUGAAGCCCAAAGAAGGGAAUAAAAGAGGGGUAUACAGUCCAAAUAACUGGACUACUGGAAGAUAAUCUAGUCCAGAACCUGGACUAAAGUGAGCUUUAAUAGUUCACAUUUAGACCCAAGUGGGGUGAACUGGUCUGAGUCUCAGGCCAGCAAGUAUGCAGACAGGACUGACAAGACUUUUUCAUCUUCAAAUCAUAGUUUUCAACAGAUUUGUAACUUAUAAAUUAUUUAUUAACAUUUUCUCUCAUGUACACUAUGUUGAUGGAUAUAUUCUUUAUUUUCUAACCGUCCACUCUUCUUUCUAAAACUCUUGCCUUUUAGUUCCUCUGCUAGCCCAGGUGUUGUUACUGAUGGCUCAUGUUUAGUGUUUGUAUCCAUUGUGUUGGCUGAUAGACUCAGGAGCUGCAGAGUGUGUCCUUCAUCCACACACACACACAAACACUCAUUGC